GCCAGUCCAUUUCCGCCGGGAGCUUCAAACUAUCUAUAUAAAAAUGGACAUGCUCGUAAGUCGCGCUUCUGAUUAUGAACAGGGUGGCCGAGGCCGCACUAGAGGAGUGCUGCCACGAGAGGAAAGAGCCUGGAUAUUUAAUUAACCGUAUCGUCCCACCCCGAUACGGAGGCAUAGGACUCUGGCCAUUCCGUCCGUCAAUCUCCUAUCGUGAGAAGGUCCUCCCUCUAUCAAGAUGCGUUCCACCCUCCUCCUUGCGGCCCUCGUGCCCUUCGCGGCGGCCGCCGCCGUCAAACGCGAGGCCACCCCGACGGUCAUCGCCCCCGUCCCCGCCGCGACGGUCAUUGGCACAGCCGGUGACAAAGUCGAGAGCUUCCGGGGUAUCCCGUUCGCCCAGCCGCCGGUGGGCAACCUCCGGCUGCGUCCGCCGCAGCCGCUGGACGCGCCCCUGGGGAAAAUCGACGGGACCGAGUCGGCGAAGGCGUGUCCCCAGAUGUUCUUCACCACCGCGAAGGAGCAGCUCCCGGCGAACUUACUGGGCACCUUGAUGAACCUGCCGCUGUUCCAAGAGGUGCUGAAUGCGGGCGAGGAUUGUCUGACCCUCGAUGUCUUCCGGCCCGCGGGAGUCCCGGCCGAUGCGAAGCUGCCGGUGCUGUUCUGGAUCUAUGGCGGUGGGUUUGAGUUGGGCUCGACCUCAUUGUUCAACGGCGAGAGCAUGGCUGAAGCGUCCGUGGAUACGAACAUGCCCGUUAUCUUCGUGGGCGUCAACUAUCGCGUGGGAGGCUUCGGUUUCAUGCCCGGCAAGGAGAUCAAGGCCGACGGGGCCGGGAACUUGGGCUUGCUCGACCAGAAAAUGGGCCUGCAGUGGGUAGCGGACAACAUCGCGGCCUUCGGCGGCGAUCCGGACAAGGUCACCAUCUGGGGCGAGUCGGCUGGAGCGAUCAGCGUGCUGGACCAGAUGAUCAUGUUCGAUGGCGACAACACGUACAAGGGCAAACCGCUCUUCCGCGGGGCGAUUAUGAACUCGGGAGGAAUCAUCCCCGCCGACCCCAUCGAUGGCCGCAAGGGCCAGCUCGUCUACGACUCCGUCGUGAAGAACGGCGACUGCGCCAGCGCGUCCGACACCUUGCAAUGCUUGCGCGAGCUGCCGUAUGACGACUUCUUGGACGCCACCAACUCUGUUCCGGGUAUCCUGAGCUACUUCUCCGUCUCUCUGGCCUACCUUCCCCGGCCCGACGGCUUGUCGCUGACCGAUUCCCCCGACGAAGUGGCCCUUGCCGGCAAGUUCGCCAAAGUUCCAUUCAUCAUCGGUGACCAGGAAGACGAAGGGACGCUGUUCUCCCUGUUUCAGACCAACAUCACGACCAACGAGGAGUUGAACACGUACCUUAACACCAUAUUCUUCCCGUACGUCGACCCCCCGAUCGUCUCGGGCCUCGUCGACACAUAUGGAACGGGUGCGCUGGAAAGUGUCACCGAAAACUCGCCCUUCCGGACUGGAUUAGGGAAUUCCCUAUACCCACAAUUCAAGAAACUCGCCGCCAUUCUCGGCGACCUCACCUUCACGUUGACGCGGCGUGCCCUCCUCGACGGCCUCGCAGCCGUGGCGCCCGAAGUACCGUCGUGGUCAUACCUCGCAUCCUACGACUACGGCACGCCGGUGCUCGGGACCUUCCACGGCUCGGAUUUGCUGCAGGUGUUCUUCGGCAUCGUGCCGAACUACGCCAGUCGGUCGAUCCACUCGUACUACUUCAGCUUCGUGUACAACCUGGAUCCGAACGAAGGGGACCACACGUAUAUGAAGUGGCCGCAGUGGAACGACGGGAAGAAGAAGCUGAUGAACUUCUUCGCGAAUAAGGCGGAGCUCAUCAAUGAUGACUUCCGGCAGGAUUCGUAUGAGUAUAUAUUGGAGCAUCGGGCGGAACUCAAGAUUUGA